UGCCUUUUUUUUUUUUUUUCUUCAUAAAAGUAGGAAGCUACGUUUUGGUUUUCCGCAGUCUUUGGACUUCAGCAUGAGCCUGUCUCGGUGGCUGGCGUGGGCUGCAGCGUUUUCCGUCUUCUGUGUCUUAAAAGCCAGCUCUCAGGACACUUUCCUCGCAGCUGUUUACGAGCAUGCUGUGAUCCUGCCUAAAGUCACCCUGUUACCUGUGUCUCACAGUGAGGCACUGGCAUUAAUGAACCAGAAUCUGGACCUUCUGGAAGGAGCGAUCGUAUCAGCAGCGAAGCAGGGUGCGCACAUUAUUGUGACUCCAGAAGAUGGUAUAUACGGUGUGCAGUUCACCAGGGAUACCAUCUACCCAUACCUGGAGGAUAUCCCAGACCCUCAAGUAAACUGGAUACCCUGUGAUAAUCCGAAAAGAUUUGGCUCUACCCCGGUGCAGGAGAGACUCAGCUGCUUGGCCAAGAACAACUCAAUCUAUGUCGUGGCGAACAUGGGAGACAAGAAGCCAUGCACCAGCAGCGACUCUCACUGCCCACCUGACGGCCGAUUCCAAUACAACACUGAUGUGGUGUUUGAUUCCCAGGGUAAACUGGUUGCCAGAUACCAUAAGCAAAACCUUUUCAUGGGAGAAGAGCAAUUCAAUGCCCCCCCGGAGCCCGAGGUCGUGACUUUUGACACCCCCUUUGGAAAGUUUGGAAUCUUCACCUGUUUCGAUAUUCUCUUCCGUGAUCCUGCUGUCACCCUAGUGACAGAGUUCCAGGUGGACACCAUACUGUUCCCAACUGCCUGGAUAGACGUGCUUCCUCAUUUGGCAGCCAUUGAAUUCCACUCAGCUUGGGCUAUGGGCAUGGGGGUCAAUUUCCUAGCAGCUAAUCUACAUAUUCCUUUGAGGAGAAUGACAGGAAGUGGUAUCUAUGCACCCGAUUCUCCACGGGCCUUUCAUUAUGACAGGAAGACACAGGAAGGAAAACUCCUCCUUGCACAGCUGGACUCCCACCCAAGUCACUCCCUAGUGAACUGGACUUCCUAUGCCAGCAGUGUAGAAGCACCCCCAACUGAAAAUGAGGAAUUUCGGAGUUUUGUUUUCUUUGAUGAGUUUACCUUUGUGGAGCUCAAAGGGAUCACAGGAAAUUACACUGUUUGCCAGAACGACCUCUGCUGUCAUCUAAGCUACCAGAUGUCUGAGAAGCGAGCUGAUGAAGUUUAUGCUCUUGGGGCUUUUGACGGGUUGCACACCGUGGAAGGGCAGUAUCACCUGCAGAUUUGCAUUCUGCUAAAGUGUGAAACUACCAAUUUACGCACCUGUGGUAGUUCAGUGGACACAGCUUCUACCAGGUUUGAAAUGUUCUCCCUCAGUGGCACUUUUGGAACGCGGUAUGUCUUCCCCGAGGUGUUGCUGAGUGAAGUCACGCUUGCUCCUGGGGAGUUUCAGGUGUUGAGUGACGGGCGCCUGGUUAGCCUGAAGCCAACGUCUGGACCUGUGUUAACAGUCGGUCUCUUUGGGAGGUUGUAUGAGAAGGACUGGGCAUCAAAUGCUUCCUCAGACCUCAUAGCACACUCACUGAUAAUAAUGCUGAUCCUAGCUCCUAUUAUACAUUACUUGUGUUAAUAGAAUUUCUACAUUUUCUAUUUUAUUUAGAAAAUUUAAAAUUGGUAGGUGCAAAAAAAAAAGUAUCUGUUUGCCAACAGUGGACUCUGGGGUAAACAAAUAAAGUGCCUCUUUAGAGGAACAUGCGUCCCAGAUACAGUUCAGGAAAAUUAAUAAAACUUUGAGCAUUGGUCUAUCUUGGAACUGAGAUGUUGGGCCAAAUGAAGGUCACAUAUAUUUGAUUCAGUUAAAAGGCACUUUAAAAUAUCAUAAUAUAUAUUUAUAAGACAUUUGAAUCUAUUAUACAUCUUACUCAGUUAUGGUUAAAAUUUUCAAUAAGUUUGUUCAUUUGGGCUAUUAAGUAUAUUAUCUCAAUAAAUACAUUUCCAUUCUCUUAAGAGGCAAAUCCUGUAGCUUUAGUUCUUCAGUUCAAGUCCCAGUUCCCACAACCUCAGAACGUGACUGUCUUGGUGUCUUGGGAAAUAAAUACCUAAGUGGCGUCCUUAGCAUGGGCUUUAAUCCGAUAUGACGCUAUCCUCAGAAGAAGUCAGGACAAAGGCAAGAAUCAAGUGAAGCCCGUGUGAAUACAGAGAAAGAUGGCCGUCUACAACAAAGAAAGGGGCCCCAGGAGAAAGCAACCUGCUAACAUGUUGAACUUCCAGGCCCCCAGAAUUCUGAGGCAAUAAAUUUCUCUUUUAAAUGG